AUGUCCCACUGCCACGACGAAUCGCACGAUCACGAUCACGAUCACGAGCACAGCCAUGGCGAGCACGAUCACAGCGACGACAUCACGCCCGCGCUCCAAAACAUACUCUACUCGCAAAUCGACUUCAGCGCCCUCCGCACGCUCAACGAAGACGAAUCGAACAGCGGGCGGGCCAUCUGCCAGAAGACAUGGGCACAGCGCCUCGACCCCACGCCCGAGGUGGUUUCCAGCGCCGACGAGCAGCUGCUCAUGAUGGUUCCGUUCACGGGGCAGGUGCGACUACACAGCCUACUGGUGCGGACGAGCGAUUCUCCAUCCAGUCCGAAGACGCUCAAGGUGUUUGCGAAUUUCGGCGACGACAUGGAUUUCGAAACGGCGUCUGAGAAGCAGCCGACACAGACGCUGGAGAUCAGUCAGACAAACGAGGUGCAGGAGAUUCCCGUGAAGCGCGUGCACUUCAACAGCACAAGGAACCUUGCGCUGUUCUUCGAGGACAAUUGGAGCCAAGGAGAGGUGGACGAGACGAGGAUUAGCUAUUUGGCGUUCAAGGGCGACUUUAUGAAGCUGAACAAGGAGCCGGUCAGCGUGCUGUAUGAGGCUGCGGCGAACCCUGCAGACCACAAGGCUAUUGCCGGAGUCAAGGAGGGACUGGGGAGGGGGAUACAGUAA